AAGAAAGAAAGAAAGAACAAAGCUGCAGAAAGAAAGAAAGAAAGAAAGAAAGAAAGAAAGAAAGAAAGAAAGAAAGAAAGAAAGAAAGAAAGAAAAUCACAGAAGAAAGAAAGAAAGAAAGAAAGAAAGAAAGAAAGAAAGAAAGAAAGAAAGAAACCCCUGCCAGAAAGAAAGAAAGAAAGAAAGAAAGAAAGAAAGAAAGAAAGAAAGAAAGAAUUCUAUGAUAGAAAGAAAGAAAGAAAGAAAGAAAGAAAGAAAGAAAGAAAGAAAGAAAGAAUAUACAUAAAGAAAGAAAGAAAGAAAGAAAGAAAGAAAGAAAGAAAGAAAGAAAUUAAAAAAAGAAAGAAAAAAGAAAGAAAGAAAGAAAGAAAGAAAGAAAGAAAGAAAGAAAGAAAGAAUCAGGUUCUAGAAAGAAAGAAAGAAAGAAAGAAAGAAAGAAAGAAAGAAAGAAAGAAAGAACUGCACCCUAGAAAGAAAGAAAGAAAGAAAGAAAGAAAGAAAGAAAGAAAGAAAGAAAGAAUGUGUACAAAGAAAGAAAGAAAGAAAGAAAGAAAGAAAGAAAGAAAGAAAGAAAGAAAGAAUAUCUUUUAA